AUGGUAUCAGUGUUGGCAGCAACUCCUCCACCACGGGUACGAGAGUUACUCCCUCCAAGGCUUCAGGCUGACCUCCCUGUGUCGAUAACCAAUACUGGUAAGUUUGAACAGCAAAGAAGUAAUACUGAUUUUGCUGCUAGAAAUCCUAGUAUCUCGGAUCUUCGCUCUACUCCGUCCCCUCAAUGGCCUUUGGGCAGAAUCCUUUGGAUGCUCAGCACCCUCCUAGAAGCUACGCCUCUUUGUUCAAACCACAAGACAAAGGGAAUGACAAAGGCAAAGGAAUAUGGAUUCCAAGUGUCCAAAACUGGCACUGGACAUGGCUCUCGGACAGUGAAUUUGAAAGAGCAAAGUGGUGUAAAUCAUGUGGAAGCAGCAGGUUAUGCACGAGCCUUACAAGCCAGUGACAUUAGUCCACCAGAAAGAUUACAACCUCCUACCAUUCGGCUCACAAAGUUGAAGGAUACUGAUACUGUAGAAGCUUCUCAUUUAGAGUUCAGGAAUAGGGACCAACCAAUAUCUUUGGGUGGACAAAUUGGAGAGACUUUGAAGGAGGCAGUAGAGUGGUCUAAUGUUAUGCAUGAUAUGAUAUCUUACCCAAAGAUUCGCAUAUUGCUGGACAAAAAGGAGAUAACCCGGCCACAUGGAGUGCAUGACACUGUAGCCAACAUAUCACAACGUACGAAAGAUUGCGGUGACAGUCACUUGCACUCUGUUACAAUUCUUUAUGGAGUGGUUGAUACUCCAACAUUGAUUAAUGGCACAAGGGCUGUAGGAGACCUUGUCAGUUCAGCUACUUUCAAGGGGAGACAAGUGGGGGUGGAAAGAAUGAUCCAAGUAGACAAUAACUAUGGCAGCAUGGGAAACCAUGAGAAUGAGGGUAGUCAUAUCUCUGAAAUUAAUACAGGGAAAGAGGCUAGCUAUUGUUUCAUUCUUGAUGGUUUAGAGGAUGAGAUCUUAGACAGGGAUAUUCAACGGAUAGAUGUUGAGCAGGAAGACAGGGUUCAGGGUAGAAUGGUUGAGGUUGUGGGCGGACUUAAGUCAAUUGUCUAG